AUGUCCAGCAGAUUUUUGUUCAGAAGCAGAAUGCAAUCAACGCAAUCGUGUGAGGUUAUCGUGAUGAUGGUGCUUCUUUGCACCAGAAGUGCAUCAUGUGACUUUGGAAUGUAUCUCUCCGACAACCCGCACAUCCCUCCACAACUGGACGAACAAUUUGCUACAGAAAUGAGACGGAACGGACUUCACGCAGAGAUUGUGGGAGAAGUAGCUGAUUACAAGAGUGAAUGUGGGAAUUUGGUGAUGGACUACACGACCUAUGUGGACGGGACAGUGUUUGAGGCGGCAAUCAAGCCAAUGGAAGAAGAAUUGAUGGCACUGAGAAAAGGGACAUUUUUCAAUGAUACUCUUAGAUCCACGCUAUAUCAAAAGAUGAAGGCAGUUGCACUGGACGUCCACAUAUCGGAUAUGAAGGAGUUGUUUGGUAUGCAUCGCGCCUCAGUACCGGUCUUAAGAUCGAUGCAAGUGCGAUUCCGGACAUCUCCUAACAGUGGCGGACAUGUCGUUGGUAUGGGAGUUGGACAAAUAACGAAAAGUUUGGAGAAUAAUCUUGGGACGAACAAUUAUGGACUGGUCAUGGAGAAGCAUUCGAAAGGCCUCUUAGACAAGCUUGCCUGGGCGAGCAACACGAUUACUCUGGAAACGUACAGGUGUGCAUCUAAUUAUGCAAAAGGUGGUACCGCGAUUAGUGCGUUUGAAGGAUCACUGGCGUGUUUCAGGAAUCGUUUCGAACAAAGACUAGAAUCAGUGAUGCAGCAGCUGCACGGAACAGUGGAACACACGCUCACCAAACUGUUCAGUUUCGGCAGACUGACACAGCGCAUGAUGCAGAUGUCCAGUGACCGCAGUGUAGUGUCAGUAAUUGAGCAACUCAUGGGAGAAAAGGUCUUCAAAGAAUCACUGCUAGCAUUACACGGCAGUACCGCACUGGACGCUGUGAAAGCUACUGUUAUUGGAAUGAACGAUAAUAUGAUAGGAGAUGGAGAUAUGCUAUCCGACGGCAACCCUCUCUCAUGUAAAAUAUGUCCUUCACGUGGAACCACUGGGACAGUUUUCGUGGAAUAUGGAUUCGUUUUGGACGGAUAA